ACACUGCCUGUUGGGAUUGAGGCAUACCCGUUCCUCUACUAGAAAUUGUAUAGAUGUGUGACAAACUGUUUUCAUAAUUUAUAGCCUUAUCUCAAUUCAAAAAACUAGUCAACUAGAGAAAACAGCUUGUUAGAAACGUAAACAUGAGUAGGAAUAAGUUUAACCUAAAAUUACCUCCUACACAAGAAUCUGGCGUUGUAGACAGUGAUGCUGAAAAUAAGUCUAACCCAAAUCUAGCAGCUUUAAGGACGAAACUCGAUGAGCUGAAUUUGGAUGACAAGCAGAGAAAUCGAUUAGAACACUUUUUAAGUGACAAAGCAAAAAUCGGUGAGGUCCUUAAUGCUGAAGAUUUUGAGAAAAUGGGAGAGUUAGGAGCUGGAAACGGUGGAGUUGUGUGGAAAGUGAGACACAAGAACAGUAAGCUCGUUAUGGCCAGAAAGUUAAUUCACCUAGAAAUAAAACCGGCCAUUAGGAACCAAAUAUUUCGUGAACUGAAAGUGCUGCACGAGUGUAAUUCACCAUACAUCGUGGGAUACUAUGGCGCAUUCUAUAGCGAUGGCGAAAUUAACAUUUGCAUGGAGUACAUGGAUGGCGGUUCUUUGGAUUUAAUAUUGAAGAAAGCCGGAAGAAUUCCCGAACCCGUCUUAGCAAAAAUUAAUUUAUCUGUACUUAGAGGGUUGAUUUAUUUGAGAGAAAAACAUUCAAUCAUCCAUAGAGAUGUCAAGCCCUCGAAUAUUCUCGUUAACUGCGGUGGCGAAAUCAAAUUGUGUGAUUUUGGAGUUAGUGGGCAGUUAAUCGAUUCAAUGGCCAAUUCAUUUGUCGGUACUAGGUCCUACAUGUCUCCCGAACGGUUACAGGGCUCAAAAUAUUCAGUUCAAUCUGAUAUAUGGAGUUUUGGAUUGUCUCUGGUCGAGUUGGCCAUAGGAAAGUAUCCCAUACCGCCGCCCUCCGACGAGGAACUUCAACAAAUUUUUGGACAAAAAGCAAUCCAGGAACAUUUAGAGGCGUCAAAAGAACCAAGAAAACUGGAAGCGGUAUACGCAGGCUGUCCAGGUGACGUGGAUGUCAUUACGGGGGAUGGUCCUCUUCCGAUGGCGGUUUUCGAACUGCUAGAGUAUAUUGUCAAUGAGGUUAUUCUUGAAUGUAGAUCUUAUAUAAAAAGAGCAUCCAUUAGAAAAAAAUUGCCCGUUUUAUUUGCUGCAGGUGGUGGUAAAAGUGCCUUUGUGGGUGAUGGGGCAGAUGGGACAAAGCCAUUGGCCAUUUUUGAGUUGUUAGAUAGAAUUGUGAACGAGAGAUGA